UCCCCACAAUCCUUCGCGGUGGCCCAAGAUGGCCGCGCCCAGUGGCCCCCUGAGCUCUUUGGAGAGCAGCAGCAGCAGCAGCGAUGAGGAGGAGCUGGCACGGUGCCGCGAGGCAGCGAUGCCGGCCUGGGGCUUGGAGCAUCGCUCGAGGGGGCCGGAGAAGCCAAGAGCCGAUGCCGCAAAUAAUCAGUUGCCAGCCAGCCAGCCAAGCCUCAGGCGGAAAGCGGACGAACAUGAACAAGAUGGCAAUGAGCUUCAGACCACCCCUGAAUUCCGAGCCCACGUAGCCAAGAAACUGGGAGCCCUGCUGGACAGCUCAAUUACCAUCUCAGAAGUAGUGAAGGAGCCGAAAAAGACUGAAAUACAGAAAGUCCCCCCGGAGGAUGAUGGCUUCCGCCUUUUCUUCACAUCCAUCCCCGGAGGCUCCGACAAGAAAGCUGCUCCCCAGCCCAGCCGAAAGCGCUUCCCUUCCGGCUCCAGCAGCGAGGACAGCGACGAGGAGUGGCAGCGGUGCCGGGAGGCGGCCGUGUCAGCCUCCGACAUCCUCCAGGAAUCUGCCAUCCACGGCCCUGUCAAAGUGGAGAAAGAGGCAAAGAAGAAGAAAAAGAAGUUGAAAAAGAAAGCCAAGAAGGAGGCCGGUGCCGACUCGGUCGCCCCGGCCGCCACCACCACCACAAGCGGGGCCACCAUAGGGAAGCAGGAAAAGCAUUCACCCAGGCUCAAUGGAGACCAGACAUCACUUGGGACCAAAAAGAAGAGAAGGAGGAAAAAAGCAAAGGCCAGCGAGGCUUCCCCAAUCCCACCAAUGAAGAGGGCAGUGGCCGUGCCUGCCAACUGAUCGGAGCCCCACAGGCACGGGGCCCAACUAGCCCGAGGACGAGGCCUUUCCAAGCCCCACCUCCCUCCAAGUUCAAGGACUUGGCUGGACAGAGGUCCAGACUCUGCCCAUGAUUGGGGCUCGCCCAAGGGUUGGGACAGAGACACGGUUGUAGGGUGAGAAGCCUAAUCGAGGCCUGCCCAUCUGUGCUCCCGUUGGGAACUGGGGCAGACCUGUGAUGCCAGAACAUUCCAUGGCCUCAGGAAAAAGGAGCCUUCCAGUUACUCAAGACCGAAGGCCACAUGGUAAAGCUUCCAUCUUCCCAGCACUGUCUGAGGAGAGUAAGUGACAGGAGAGUUUUUCCUUCCUCUCCACCUUCCCAACCUGGUGUGGGAGACCACCUUAACGAGGGAAGGGGCCCCUGAGAUGACAAGGCCAAGAAAGAGUUUUGUACUUCUCCCUCCAGGUUGCACAGACUUGAUAAAAAGAAGGAGAGAGAUUUUUUUCCCCCCUAGGCUGCCAGAAUUUUCUUUCUCCACAUUUGUGAAUGUGCCACACAUGAUCGUGUCUCUGAGCCAACCAGACUGUUGAAAAUAAAUGACCCCAGACAUAACAAAGUGAUCUGGGUGCUCCUUCCCUGUCCAUGCCGAAUCUUGAUGAGACAUGCUAAAUAAACCUCACGUAGGUGGGGUCCUGUCUACACCCCAAGCUGUGUUCCUGCACCCCAGCCUCAAGACUUCGAGAAGCACCACAGCACUUGUGGACCGGUUUUCAGACACCUGCAGCAUUCUGCAGGGGAAGAGCAGAAGCUCAGGGUUAAAGUGGAAUUCUGGCUUUGUGGCCUUGACUCUGAGGUUUGGCAGAGCGAGAAAGACAGAGGCAGGACGUGAGAGUGUGACCCACCACCACCUCCCUCUGCCUGCCCAGCCCCGUCUGGGCAACAUGUGGACAAGCAAGAAGUUUCCAGUAUGCAUUUCCACUCCUCCGUUCCUCAUUUCCUUUACUACAAGUUAAAUAAAUGUACAGGUUGGCUCUUGGCUGGCUGCAA